UUUCUAUAUAUCCAUCCUUCAUUCUUAAUAUUCUCUCUAGUUAACAUAUCAUCACUUGAUCUCUUUUCUAUAUAUAUAUAUUCAUCAAUCAAUUUGUUAGUUGAAAUAAAGAUAUGGUUUGUUUGGUAUCUCGCUCUGGAAGGGAGUUGCAGAGAUAUAACAACAUGGGUGGCCGCCAAGUUGUUGGAUGCAUACCUUAUAGAUAUAAAGAAGACAUAGAUGGUAAUAGGAGCAACGAAUUGGAAGUACUAGUGGUUAGUUCGCAGAAAAGUCAGAGACUAAUGUUUCCUAAGGGAGGAUGGGAACUUGAUGAAUCUGUAGAAGAAGCAGCUUGCAGAGAAUCCCUUGAAGAAGCAGGAGUCACAGGAUUAGUUGAGUGUGAAUUGGGGCAGUGGAAUUUCAUUAGCAAAAGAUAUGGCAUAUACUAUGAAGGUUACAUGUUCCCCUUGUUUGUUAAGGAGCAACUUGAUCAGUGGCCUGAGAAAAAUGUUAGGAGAAGAAUAUGGAUGACUGUUGCUCAAGCAAGAGAAGUUUGUCAGCAUUGGUGGAUGAAGGAAGCAUUAGAUAUAUUGGUUCAAAGACUCGUUUCUUCACAAACAACAAAAUAAAAAGAUGUAGCAUGGGACGAUUCUUUAUUUCUUAAAAAGCAAAAGUUUACAAUUUCAAUCUAAAGUUAGGAAACUGUCAUUGAAGAUUAUAGAGGGGAUCGAUUAGGGAGAAACGGAAUUAGACAGAGUUAACAAUCUUUUAACUAUAAUUUUGAUUAUGAUGUAUAAGUUUUAACUGUACGUACAUUCUUGACUUUUAAAAAAAUCUACAAUUCAAUUCACUUCAAGUCAAGUAUAAAUAUGAUAUAAAAAAGUAUCUUAAUGUAUUUAGAAAAGAAUGCAAAUAUUUUACUUCCAUUGAGAUUGCUAA